AUGGACAGUUCAAGCAUUUUGAUAGAAGGUGAUAGUAAUCAAAGGGAAGAUGUAGAAGUUGAUCACGACGAUGGUGAUGAAUCACUUUGGGUUCCUGUAAUUGGAAUGUGUUUUACAUGUUUAGAGGAAGUUAAAACAUAUUAUCAAGAGUAUGCUUUGAAAAAGGGGUUUGGAUGGAGGAUUAGAUCAUCCAAAAAAGGAGACGACGGGGAGCUCCAUUAG